AUGUCAACAGAUAAGACUCAGGUGAAGCUACGCUUCUUUACUCGUGAAGAAGAUGAGACUUUACAUGUCAAUGAUGCUCCAAUCUAUGCUCCAGUUAGUCUAAAGAGAUAUGGUCUUUCUGAAAUUGUUAAUCACCUACUGGAAUUACCUAAAUCUAUGCCAUUUGAUUUCCUUAUCGAUGGUGAACUUUUGAGAACAUCGUUGCAGGACUAUUUGAUCAAGAAAGGUUUAUCAUCGGAAACCUUUUUGAAUGUUGAAUAUACUAGAGCAGUGCUACCACCUUCAUAUUUGUCUAGUUUUGAUAACGAAGAUUGGGUAAGCUCAUUGGAUGUCGGAAGCAAUUACAUCUACAGUGGUUCCUAUGACGGUAUCGUAAGAACGUACAACUUGUCAGGGAAAGUCGAAAAACAAUACAGUGGUCAUUCUGGCCCUAUUCGUGCUGUGCAUUACAUUUCUAGUACGAGAUUGGUGUCCGCAGGGAAUGAUCGCACUCUACGUCUGUGGAAAACGAAGAAUGAUGAUUUGAAAUCAAUUGAUGAAGAAGAAAUUGAGGAUGGUAAGACAUUGGCCAUCUUGGAAGGUCAUAAAGCCCCUGUAGUGUCCAUUGAUGUUUCGAAAGACCGUAUUCUAUCUGCAUCAUGCGAUAAUACGGUGAGCUUGUGGUCCACGAAUUAUAAAGAGAUGACUGUCAUUGAUCCGAUGGAGGAUUUAGGAGGCAACGUGUCUACUGCAGCCAAGAAGAGGAGAAAGUUGACUCUAAAAGAUGGAUCUAUCAGAAGAAGAGCCCCUUUGGCUCUUUUUGAAUCUCACAGUGCUCCAGUAGAGGCUGUCAUUUUCGAUAAAUCGGAUGAUACUGUUGGGUAUUCCGUGUCACAAGAUCAUACUAUAAAAACAUGGGAUCUGAUAACGGCAAAAUGUGUCGAUACAAAGACGACAUCGUACUCACUUCUUUCUGUUGCGCAACUACCAAAAUUAAAUCUCUUAGCAUGCGGGUCGAGUGCCAGACACAUUACUCUUCAUGAUCCUCGUGUAAAUUCUUCAUCUAAAAUCACCCAACAGCAGCUUGUAGGUCACAAGAACUUCGUUGUCGCUUUGGAUACUUGUCCAGAAAAUGAAUAUAUGAUAUGCUCUGCAUCUCACGAUGGAACUGUCAAGGUUUGGGAUGUUAGGUCUAACACUGCAAUGUACACUAUCACCAGAGAAGAUAAAAAUGUUGUUAAAGGUGUCAAUGAUAAAGUGUUUGCUGUCAAAUGGGCUAAAGGCGUAGGUAUCAUCAGCGGUGGUCAAGACAAAAAAAUUCAAAUUAAUAAAGGUGAUAAUAUAUUUAGUAACUAA